CUGCCAGCUGGCCCCACAAGUGACAGAUGUCACUGCUGGAAAUGCCCCUUCAGGGAGUGAAUGGAAUUGGGACCAGACUCUGUCUUCAAGGCCGUGGGCAGCCCAGGCUGGAAGGGCCAGGCUCUGACCAACACGGCCACCUCAUAAGGGCCCAGGCAGUCAGGGAAACAAAGCAGAGAGCAGUCACUGCAGGCAGAGUUGGGGAGCAAGGUGCUGCAUGCCGGGGUUGGGAAUGGGUGUACAAUUAAUGAGUGUACUAAUGUCAUCACUAUGAAAUAUCAGAGAGUUCGACUAAGCAGGUUAUUACACAAAAGAAAAAAUAGAUAGAGUCCAUCACCUUGUCCCGGGCUCACUGUAAAACGUCAAAGCAGGGAUCUCCAGAAAGAAAACCUUCCCCAUUGGUAGUCAGCUUUAAAUGGCUCUGGGAGAGGUGCAGCCAGGCUCCACCCCUUCCAGUAGCACAGGUGAAUGCCUUCACCUGUGCUCCCAGCAGUGACUCAUUGCUCGCCUCAGGUGAUCAAUCAGAGGUUCAGGCAUGAUUCAGCAAUUCCCAUGCACUGCAGAGUGCUGCCUAUGUCCCUGGGUGGGUGCUGGUGACAUGGGGGCUCAGCUGGUGUCCCCUGGGCAAGCAGUUGCCUUCCCAGUGGAGGAACGUGCCAGAGGUCCCUUGAGGACGGCUGUCUCCUUCUCCAGGCUGCCCAGAGCCACAGCGACGUCCUGCACGCUCUGCUCCACCAUCGCGUGUGUCUGCUGAAGGGGACAAGGACCUGAAUGACCGCUGUGGCCCAGGGUGGGCAGAGAGCUGAGUUGACCAACCAGGACGGAGUUUGGACUCAGGGUAUGGAAGGUUUUGACCCUCAAGUUCACAAGUCCAGCCUGAUUUACCAAAUCCCAUCAUUAAACUGCAUCCCCAAGUGUCCCAUUCACACAUCUCCUUCAUAACUCAGUGAUGGGGAAUCCACCGCUUUCCUGCUCAGCCCAUUCCAACGUUUGACAACUCUCUCAACAUAGCAUGACUCCACCAACACAAAUACCAGUGCUGGGCCAUUUGCUUGCAAGAAAGGAAAGCAGAAAACACCAACUUGUGGCCAUCUGAGCAACAAUCUGACUGCAACAGACAGGGAAAGGGGAACGAGAUCACCUCAGACUGGUUGAUGCAUGGCUACGAUCUGCUACACCCAUCUGGCUUGAGAUGCAGGAGCAGCAGCUCAGUGGAAGUCCUGCAGACCCACGGGGCAUCGUGUCUCCUUCCCACUUGCUGCUUCCACUGUCCGCACACAGCAAGGCUUCUCCUGGCCAUGGCUGCUGCUGGCUUCUGGUUUAGGAGGUCAGGCAUCACCAGACAGCCAGACUAUAAUUAAAAUGCAAAGAGCCAUUUGUCACUUGGAUAGGCUGGCUCCCAGCUGGCAGCUUCAUCCUGGACUGUUCAAAGAACGUGAUAACUUGUACCGAUGGCUAAUGGUUUGCGCAAGCCCUGUGUGGGUGGGGUGGAAGUUCAGAAUGCUAUAAGAAGCAUUAGGGUGCUGAAUAAACGUGAGCAGGAGCAGAAGCAGGAGAAGCAACAUGGGAGAGCUGCGUGUCCGCUCCGUUCUGGUGACUGGGGCCAACCGGGGAAUCGGCCUCGGGCUGGUCCAGCACCUGCUGGCAUUGCCAAACCCACCUGAGUGGGUCUUUGCAACUUGUCGCGACCCCAAGGGACAGCGAGCGCAGGAGCUGCAGAAAUUGGCCUCCAAGCACCCCAACCUGGUCAUCGUCCCGCUCGAAGUCACCGAUCCCGCCAGCAUCAAGGCGGCCGCAGCCAGCGUCGGGGAGCGCCUCAAGGGCUCGGGGCUGAACCUCCUCAUCAACAACGCUGGGAUCAUAAAGGAAAACACGCUUGACAAUGAAACACUGAAGGACAUGGCUGAGGUGUACAUGACCAAUACCAUUGCACCUCUGCUGCUCAGCCAGGCGUUCCUUCCACUGCUGAAGAAGGCAGCCCAGGGGAGCCCAGGUUCAGGGAUGAGCUGCAGCAAAGCAGCCAUUGCCAACAUUUCCAGCUGUUCGGGUUCAAUCAAAGAACUCUACUUAUGGGAAGGUGUGCAAGCUGUCUGUUACCGCUGCAGCAAGGCUGCUCUCAACAUGCUCACCAGGUGCCAGUCCAUGGGGUACCGGGAACAUGGCAUCCUCUGUGUCACUUUCAAUCCUGGAUGGGUGCAAACGGACAUGGGAAAAGCAGGAGGAGACAAGCCCCCCGUGACGGUGGACGCGAGCGCAGCAGGGAUGUUGAAGGUGCUCUCCAAGCUCUCCGAGAAGGACAGCGGGUCCUUCCGGGACUGGGAAGGGAACGUUGUGCCCUGGUGAGGUGCUGGCCCGGCCUCGUGCCUGGAUCCUGGCAGUGGCCCCUCUGCUGCUGCCCGACCUCUGCUAAGUCUUCAAUAAAACCAUAUCUGACAACAGCAAUGCUCUUGUCUCCAUCUCUAUCUACAACAGCCUCUGCUCCAUGCUUAUAGCCCAUGGAGGGCAGCCACUUUCCAGGGGUGUUCCACUCCUCAAUUUUGUGCAUCAGCACCCUCUGCUCCCAAGCAAUGUCACUUUCAAGUAUCUCAAUAAGUGUCAGCUCUCAUUGCUGGAAAUGUUCCCUGCAGGAGGGAAAUUGACUGGGGCCACCACCCAUCUCCGAGGUACUGCAGUGCCUGGGGCUGGGAACAUCAAGGGUGAAUCGGGUGUGCAGAAUCUCUCCAUGAAGUUUUCCCAAUGCAGCCAGCGGUUUGGGGUCAUAGAGUGAGAUGGAGUUGGUUUACAGGGCACUGCACAGCCACAAAUGGAGCAGACAACGGCAAGACGCUGCUGCUCAGUCCAUUGGCAGA